GACCUGCGAACUUCAUACUCGUCAUCUACUCUAGACAUUACGGUCAGCCAUGCCACUGCAGGCCUUCUCCUUCACUUUCCCUGAAACUCGAUUCUUCAAAGCUGGUCGUUUAGUCUACAAGUUCAAGAUCAGAGGAGGCUGCAGCUUCAGAGGAGAGGAGGUGAUGGAAGGAAACGGCUUCACUCAGGAACUGGAGGAAAUUAUCAGAACUGUUCUUGGCAACCUGGACCGUCUCCAUCCCUUCUCCAGUGUCCACUUCAACGUCUUCCCUUAUAAGAAGCGUUGGGAUGGAGCGUCUGAGCUGAUGUGCAAAUACGGUGAGAGGAAGCUGACAGCCUACCCGUUCAGUCUGACCCUCUACCUGGAGAAAAACAUGCCGCAUGAGGAAACAAAGCGAGCAGAACAGAAGUUGAGCCCAGAGAAAGAUAUUGCUCACAAACUCCGCUCUGUCUCUGAGCCCCGGUCAAAGCGCAGUAGAAGAUCCUCACCACUAGAGGAGGCCAAACUAAAGGACGUAUUCAAAGACUCGGAGACUUCUGUGGUUGGGAAGACGAAGCCCAGCAGAAAGCAGGCGUCAACACAGUCAAGGGAAGUGGGACUCCAGGUGAAGUGCAUCCUGGGACAAUGCAGCCCGUGGGAGAGGAGGAGGCAGAGUGUGCAGACUCUGUCCCUGGGACACCUGUGAGGCCCUGGGUGUUGACUCGACUGGCCAGGUUGGUCUGACUGCACCUUCGACCUGAGCGGACACACCAACAGGAAACAGUGUUUUCAUAGUAUGUUACAAACAACAGGUGAACAGCAGAUCAGUAACGUGGCACACAGUCAGAGUGAGAGUCCUACCUCUGAGGUGAAGGUGAUGUCACCGUCUUAUUUGUGGAUUUGAUUGACUUGUACAACCACAGGAGAAACAAGAGCUGAAUGGUUCUGUACAUCUGAAAGAAUAAAGUUGACAAAGAUUCAUAUGGAGCGGGGAAAUCCAGCUAUUAUAAGCACAGAACAUUACAAUAUUCCUCUUUCUGUUGAGACAAGCUGAGACGUCCUCAGGCUCAUAAAAGACGGACAAAAGUUUCUCCGCACUGAGAGCACGCCAACGAUCUUACAAAUGUGGUGUUCAUGGUAAUAAUGAUAUGCAGCAGCAGCCUGGUGGAUGAGCCCACAGUGGCAUUAAUCACAGUUUGUUAACUCUCUCUGUCUCUGCAGCCGUGUCUUCCCCUUCUCCCUGCUCUUCAGAGACACCUGAGGGACGCAGAGAGACAGGACGUGUUACUGCGUCCUGUAGUGGAAACUCACCGGCGUUCGCUCGGUUAGUUCUCCAGUGCAAACAAAAACCUUUUUUUUUUUCCGUAUAUCGUAUUAUAUAUAUAUUUAGAGUCAUUAUUGUUGUUUCCUUGUUCUUUUGUUCCUGAGAUUUUCCAUUACAUUGAUUUAUCUUGAAAUAUUAAAUACAGAGUUGGAGCGUCUAAUUCUGCUUUUUGUUGUAU